GCAACAAACACAUACACUUGCUGCUGGCGUUUAACAUGUUGGCAUCUACUGGAAGGAGAGCGUUGAGAGCUUCGGUGGCGGCGGCGGUAAAGCCUAGGACAUGCCCCGCUCCUUGUGCCGCAGCUGCUCCGCUGUCGAGCAUGAGCGACCCUAAGCCGCGGAAUUACGGCGAGGUCGCCACGACCGUCGAGAACCGAUCGUCCGCGAAAGACGCCCUCCAAAAGUCGUGUUACUUCAAGAUCGACUUCGGCAUUUCGGAGGAGGCCACCGUCUACGAGGCGGUGCAGCGCUUCGCGGCGUACAACAUCGGGGCGUUGGCGGUGACCAACGACGACAAGAAGGUCAUCGGCAUCGUCUCCGAGCGCGACUACGUCUCGAAGGUUGCUCUUCUGGGGAAGGCGAGCAAGAGCACCCCGGUCAAGGAGAUCGCCACCAUGGGCGCUAACCUGGUGAUUGCCUCAAAGAGCGACACCAUGCAGGACUGCAUGGCCAAGAUGGUGGCGAGGGAUAUCCGCCAUCUUCCCGUGGUGGACGAGGAGAAGGGACAGGUGGUGGGGAUGCUGAGCGUGAAGGACUUGCUCAAGGAGGUUACGAGGGAGAAGGAGGAGAUCCUCACCAAGGUCACGGACUUCAAGCUAGGCCGCGGAGGCUUCUUCGAGCACACAUGAAGAGGAUGCACCAGCCAUAGCGAACCAAACGGCUGACGGAGGACAAGGUUGAUGUUGGAGCGCCCACCGCUUUUGGGGGGGCGCGCCCGCGGGGGGGAAAGGUUCUAGUUCUCGAGGCGUACAUACACACCUUUCAGCCGAAACGUAUGAUAUCGAGGUUCGGGCAGGGGAGGGCUGGAGAAACGGCGUUUUUUUUUUUUUAUGUGCCCCCCCACGGCGCUGGUUUCUUCUUCUCGAGGCACCACGGCCGAAUCAGUCAACGGUGUCGACGGCAUCUUGUAUUUCGAGCCCUCCAAUGAUGGCAUGUACCACGCGUUGUAUUGCGCUUGGAAGUCGUGGAGUCUUGCUGUUGCUGCCUUUGGUUCUCUCGCACUCGGGUGAGUUUUUUGUACUGCUUUUUUGGCCAGGUGUUGGGGGUAGGUGGUGUGUCCAUCGUCGGUGUGGAUGCAGUCGUUUCUGGUUCUUGCCCUCUUCGGGUGUCGAGGGCGAACGAAGCACGAUAUGAAUCCCUGGCAUACUUUGGGCGGGGUGGGCGUUGGCGUGGCCGCGACGACUACAAGGCGGCUUUGACAGAACAGCAACACACGGUUGGUUGCCGCCUGUUUGUGAUUGGCUUGCGAGGCGAAGCUCGACCGCGUCUGUCUUCGUUCAUGUCAACUUUCGCGGCCCACCCUGGUGUGUUGCGUAUCAUGUCCCGUCAAACUGAAAAAUAUCAUUGCGUAAAAGCCUG